GGGCGGGAGGGUCAGUGAUCCGAUCCUACCCCAGGUCCGGCCGGAUGGACUCAGCAUUGACUGAUCGAGAAAGCAGUCCCAGGUGAAGGUGUCCUCCGGUGAGGAGGACGCCCCCGGCCGUUCCGCCUAGGCCGUGAGCGCGCGAGUAGCGGGGCUGGAGCCUUCAGGGACAGGCUCGCCCAGCGGAAGGAAAGAAGUGACCGAAGCCACAUAAUGUCCGUAGUUCGUUCAUCCGUCCAUGCCAAAUGGAUCGUGGGGAAGGUGAUUGGAACAGCAAUGCAAAAAACAGCUAAAGUGAGAGUGACCAGGCUUGUUUUGGAUCCCUAUUUAUUAAAGUAUUUUAAUAAGCGUAAAACCUACUUUGCUCACGAUGCUCUUCAGCAGUGCACAGUUGGGGAUAUUGUGCUUCUCAAAGCUCUACCUGUUCCACGAACAAAGCAUGUGAAACAUGAACUGGCCGAGAUCAUUUUCAAAGUUGGACAAGUUAUAGAUCCAGUGACUGGAAAACCCUGUGCAGGAACUACCUACCUGGAAAGCCCAGUCAGCUUAGAAACCACCUGCCUAACCAAAAAUCUGGAAGAACUCAAUAGCUCUUCAGCACAGUGAAGGAGGAUUGGAAGAAGGAGCCAAAGGGAUUUAUAAGUUUGCUUUAUGGAAAAAAGAAAUUUUUCUAAGUUUCAUAACAAAGUGUCCAAUUUCUCUUCCGGUAUUUAUGGAAUAGCUAAAGGUAAAUGAAGUAAAGGCCUUGUUAAAUUCUCAUAAAAGUUUAAGGUCAUGUUUUCAAUUUCCUUUUCAUUGAACAUACUUUCCUCUUACAGUAAGUGUGCCUAGCAAUCCCCUGCAUUGUUUUGUAAGCUCUUUUAGAAGGUGUAUUUUUUUUUUUUCAUUCAAAGGAAUCUUAAAUUUAUCUUAGAAUCUUUAUUUGGGGAGGAAAAAUCUUUUGAUAUAAAACAGAUAAGACUGCAUUAAGUGAAUAUUUAUUUUUGGUGGCAUAUAUUCGAAAUUAAAUUUUUUUUCCUCUGAUUUAAUCAGUUACAAAUUGAAAUAAUCAACAGUCUGAUUGGGGUCAGACUUUAUCAGAUUAAAGUCUGUAUUAUGAAUGUUGACACAUAGAAAAUAAAACUUGAAAAUUCACUUUUCUUUUAUCCUGUAUUCUAGCAUAGAUUAGAUAGGACUGAAUUCCUAAAAUCCGAUACAUUGAUGAAGUUUUAGAGCUCACACUAUGCAUUUGAGUUGGAGAGUUUCAGUUUUGUUGCUGCUUAUUAAUAAACUAUGAACCUAGA